UCUCGUUUUCACGUUCAGUCUCGGCGCUACCUUCAACAGCAGAACCACAAGAUCCUGCUGUUUCAAAUAAGCUAUUUUAAAAAAAAGAAGAAUUACCAUAUCAUUAUUUUAACUUCUAUGUGCAUAUCGUUGAGAUGCUACUCAAAUGUGCAAUAGCGGUUAUUAUUUUUGCUGCGUUCAAGCAAGUAGUGGGGACUGAUCCAAUCGAUGUUCCCGAAAGCCAGCAAGAAAAACCUGCAAGCCAGCAGAAAGGGCGUCUUUCUCUGCAGAACACAGUGGACAUUCAGCACUGCCUGGUGAACAGCGGGGAUGUGGGCUGUGGCGUGUUCGAGUGCUUCGAGAACAACUCGUGUGAGAUCCGUGGCCUCCAGGAAAUCUGCAUGUCCUUCCUCCACAACGCCGGCAAGUUCGACUCUCAGGGCAAGUCCUUCAUCAAAGACGCGCUGAAGUGCAUGGCCCACGGCCUGCGGCACAAGUUCAGCUGCAGCAGCCGCAAGUGCCUGGCCAUAAGCGAGAUGGUGCUGCAGCUGCAGCGGGAGUGCUACACCCGCUACGACCUCUGCGCUGCCGCCAAGGGCAACGUCAACGUCAUGGUCGACAUGAUCCACUUCCAGGACCUGUUUCCCAAGGGGCCUCACCUGGAGCUGGUGAACAUCCUGCUGAGCUGUGGCGAGCAGGUGAAGGAGGCGCUCACCUGGAGCGUGCGGCAGCAGUGCGAGCAGAACUGGGGCGCCCUGUGCGAGAGCCUGAGACUGUGCACCCCAGGGGACCCCCCCGCCGGCCCCGCCGCUCCGCCCCACCCCCAGAGCGCCCACGCCCAGGCUCCCCAUGAGGGGGGGGGGCGGGGGGGCAGAGGGCAACGGGGAGACCGAGGGCAACGGGCCGCCAGAGAGCUCUCAGAGUCCCGGCCAGGCGUCUCAGGAGGCCGUGGACCCAGAGAGAUCCGGAACCAGGAGGUGAAAGUUCAAAUCCAAGUCCCCCAGAUGACAGCCUCUCAGUCAGACUGCCCCCGACUACCAAUCUGCAGGGGCUCAGUGACACCGCCCCCCCCCCCCCCCCCAGAUUAUACUCUUUGACCCGCCCUUUUCCAACAAACCUGUUCUUUUCCUUGUUGUCCCCCAAAACUGUGCCCUCCAUCCUUGUACCCCAAAAAUUACACACUCCAUCCAUAGCUCCCCGAAACUGCAGGCUGUUUUACCCCUCAAAACUAUAGACUGUGUCUACAACCUAUAUGUCUGUCCUAUGAAAGCUACACACUCUCUCACUGACACCCCCCCCCCCCCCCCCCAAAAAAAAAAAAAUCUCAAAACCGCCCUCUUCUCUCCCUCAAAACUGCAGAUUUUCUCUCUCUGAUUCCCCCAGGAACCAUUCUCCUUCCCUGUUCUCCCAACCCCCCCCCCCAAUCUCCACGGAACUAUUGGCAGCUUCACUUCCUGUCUCUUAAAACUGCAUCCUGUCUCUCAACCCCCAUCUGACCUACACUCUUAUGACAGCUAGCAAGAGGAAGACUCAUUCACAAAAGCAACAUUUCAGGUCUUAAGAUAUAAUGUUUAGUUUUUUUUUUUUGUUGGUAUCAUCAUUAGCAAUAGUAGCAUUAGUCCUAAAAUCAAAUAUAGUUAUUUAUUUUCUUUUAAGAAAAUGUCUCUAUCAAUCCAUGUUUAUAUAUUCAUUAUAUAUCAAUACCGCGCCAGUAUAUGCUAUGUAUUAAAGAUGAGUAUAAACCUUUAAUUGAAUUUUCAAAGGAAAGCAAACAUUUACUGUUGAUAUGUAACGUAGGCGGAUUUGUUUGUUUUUAAGUCGGAGGUGUGUUUGCAUAACGACUUUUGAUACUUGAUUACUAUAUACAAACUGCAGAACUGAAGCCAGUCUCUGGCUCAUGGUACUUACCCACGCAUAAGAGUUAGCAUUAAUAAAUGGCUAAUGAUUGCAUUUAACGCCAUCACAGCUGAACAGCACCCAUGGCAGUGUAGCAUUAGCAAACCGGCAAUGCAUGUGCUAGCUCUUCUUACACUAACAUAUGCGUUCAAACAGUCGUGUAACGGUGUAUCAUAGGUUGCUGAGAAGAUCUCCAUCUGCAGCAGUUUAUACGAUAAGCCUGAAGUUUGCUGAAGUAGCCAUGCUGGCAACCUGUAAUAUGCAAGGACUGCAUGGUGUAAUUAGCAUGGUAAGCUAUUUAGAGCAUGGCAACAUUUCACGGCACAUUAAUUUAAUAACUCACUCAACUAAUCUAUGAAGCCCACCUGACUUCAGGCAGCUGAAAUGAGAUGAUCUUUGGUGGGUCGGUGAAUACCCACCUGUAUUAAGAAUGCAGAAUAGGAGCAGAGGUGGAAAAUCCAGGUUCAGAGAGUAAAAGUCCACCCCUAGUAUUUUCUUCAAAUUACCUUGUUUGCCAAUUAGCACAAUUCUUCAGCCAGAAGGUAAUUAAUAAAAUAAUGAGGUAAUUAGUGAAAUCUGCUGGCUGAGCUCCAUGGUUGGAAGAAAUACAUGACAAGCUUUUUGACCCCUGGCCUUUCCACCUCUGAAUAGGAGCCAGAACUGAAACAGGUACCGUACAUAAACUCACAGUCAGUUUGAAUCGUUCCAAUUCAAGCAAAUCUCAGAUGAAGUUAUCGGACAGGUUCCAGUAAAUUCGUGCAGCAGUGCACCUUCUGCACGGCACGUGGUUUUGCUUCAGAAGGAACAACGACCUCCUCAGAAUUUAUGGCAUUGAAACGAAUUUGUUUCUGCUUUUUUUACAGGCUGCAAUUCCACAUACAGUGACUGCUGCUUCGUAGCCAAUGUAGCCUAUAGCAUGACAAAGCUCAGCCUACCUCACCUACACAGAAAGGCCUGAUUGGCUCAUUCAGGAACGGAAUCAAUUCCACCGGGAGCUACUUAGACGAGUAGCAUUCCCAAAGCUGUUAUACAUACUUAGACCAGUCCCAGGAUUAUCUGGUGCCUAUCCAAGCGCCGUCUUCAGAAAGACAGACUGAGAUAAAGUGGAAGCCGUGCGUGACACACCCCGGGAAACUCUCUCUCUCUUCCAACCUCUUUCCUCCACCGUUCGACUGCUAAUGACAUGCUCCGGCUUUAAAAUUGUCCGUUUGCUCGGAGGGGCAGGCAUAGCUCUGAUUUCUCCUGCCCACGCUCCAGUGAGCGCCAGCUGAAGUUCCCUUUGAAAUUACAAAUGGAACCGUUACCACCAUAAAGACGCCGCUUUUGUUUUAAAUGUUUUAAUGUCGUUUCUUUCGUUUCGCUUUUUGUUGGCCAAACUACUUCGCUGAAACCAAACAGCCGUUCAAACCUCCGUCCUUAUUUUCACACAUCUCUCCUCGUUGUGUGCUCGCACCAUCUUUGCCUUCUCUUGCACAAAUCAAAUUAACCGACGAGUCUAGAUGGAGGCAAGUGAAUCACUUCAUGUCAGUUGAUCAUUUGUAUAAAUAAUGUAGACAUAUAUGAACACAGUGGACCUAUAGCCACAUAUUUGUGUGUUUUUUAAAGCGUGUGUUUUUUAAAAAAUGUUAGUGUUUCUAUACCUUAUUUCCUCAAUGUAAAUAUUUGAUGGUUUUUAUUUAUUUGUGUGUCUCUUAAAUCACACUUUCAUUUUGACCUGUCUGUCUCCACAUGGCCUCUCCCUGUCUGUUGUACGUUACCCUGGUUCUAGCAGUUAAGUCAAAUAUAAUUUUAUAAUAUUUCAAUAUUUUAUCGGUCAUGUUAUGCUUUCUGUAUUAAACAUUCUUCUCUUAA